AUGCCUCGUGACACGAAUCAUUCUUCAAUCUAUGAUGAUCUUAGUCGCGAUAGUUCUCGUCGUUGUUAUACAUCGAAAACAUCAACAUUUAAUACCAAUAUAAUUAUUGAUGGACAUAUAUUUCAUCUUGGUUCUCGUUAUUCGUUACCGAAAAUGAUCGGUUCAGGUGCUUAUGGUCAAGUUAUAUCAGCAUAUGAUUCUUUACUUCAACGUAAAGUAGCUAUUAAAAAAAUUAAAUUACCUUCAAUAAAUGCUGUUGAAGCUAAAUUAUUUUAUUCUCGUUCAUUACGUGAAAUAUGUAUUUUAACACCAUUAAAACAUGAUAAUAUUGUUCAAGUACUUGAUUGUUAUACACCAGCAACAACAAUUGAACAAAUGCGUGAAAUUUAUAUUGUAACUAAUUUAAUGCGUUUAGAUCUUCAUCAACUUAUUAAAAUGAAUAAUCAACGAUCAACAGAUAAACGUAUUAUUACAAAUAGUCAUAUUCCACAUUUUCUUUAUCAAAUAUUACGAGCAUUGAAAUUUAUUCAUUCAGCUAAAGUUUUACAUCGAGAUUUAAAACCAAGUAAUAUUUUUGUUGAUCUUGAUGGUCAUGUACGUAUUGGAGAUUUUGGUCUUGCUCGUGUACCAGAAGAAGAAGCUAAUACACCUAUGACUGGUUAUGUAUGUACACGAUGGUAUCGUGCACCUGAAUUAAUGCUUUGUGAUGGAACAUAUACUUCAGCUAUAGAUAUGUGGUCAGUAGGUUGUAUUCUUGGUGAACUUAUAUUUGGUCAACCAUUAUUUCCUGGUCGUCAUUAUUUUGAUCAAUUACGUCUUAUUGUUGAACGUCGUUGUGGUUCAUUAGGUUUUCCUGUUCAUGAACAUAAAAUAGCAUAUCCAACAAUAUCAGAUAAAUCAUUAAAUGCUCUUCAUCGAAUAUCAACACAAUGUACAAAUUGUCAUCCUAAACCAUUUUUAUUAUCAGAUUCUAUUGUACCAAAUAUUGAUGAUGCUGCAUUUGAUUUACUUGAUCAAUUAUUAUUAAUGGAUCCACAUAAACGUUUAACAGCUGAAGAUGCAUUACAUAGUUCAUUAUUUAAUAAUUAUCGAAAAGAUGCUGGAGGUGAACCAUCAUCAGAAGAAGCAUUUCAACUUGAUCUUAGUCCAUAUCAAUUAUCUGACAUUCGUGCAAUGCUUUUUCAAAAAGUACAACUUGUUCAUCAACAAUUACAUGAUAAAGCACUUAUACUUAAUGAACAAGCAGCAAUGAUAGCAAAUAUAAAUACGGAGAAGAUGGACUGUUAUUAG